AUGAGUAGUAUUCGAGAAAAUAAUGACGAUGGCCGAAAGCUGUUUGGCGGAUACAAAAUAACACCAUCUUAUUGCAAGGCGAGUCGAGCAGCGAAAUAUAAUAGAGGAAACACGAUUUGCAUGUUUAACCAUGAAUGCGUGCAAAGAGGGGGAGAAGUUGUCGGUGCUUGCAUGGAUGGGUUCUUAUUCGGGGCCUGCUGUCAAUUACCUUUAGACAGUCAAUCACAUUUUCCAAAGGGUCCAGGAGUUGUAAUGACCAGUUACUUAGAUUAUCCUGAAGCUGAAACAGAAACUGAAGAUUAUGAUGAGCAGCUUAGUGCUUGGCAUAAUAGUUUUAAGCCAGUUGUUACUCCAGGAUAUAGACCAAGUCAAGUUUUAUCGUCAACUAUGAAAUCAGAUGAUCUAAGUACUGAAAGUCACCAAGCUGAAAUUAUCUCAGAAGGCCUGAAUCAAAUAACAAACACUUUAUUAAGUACUCCACCUAAAGAUAAUAAUUAUGUUUUUAUAAAACCAGAAAGUGUCUAUACUCAUAGUACAAUAAAUCAUGCAGUUGCUGAAACUAUACUCUUCCAUAGAAAUGGUUCAGAAGCUAAUGAUAUAGUAAGACCUUCCGACUUUAAUGUACACAUAUCUUCUAUGCAAACGAAACCUACUGUUCCUCCCAGUUCUACAACAGUCCAACCUCCAUCUAUCAUUGUAUCAACUCACCGCCCUAUAUAUAAACCAGUGUUCAGGCCAAAACCAGUAAACAAAACUACUACCAAACAGCCUACUACUGAAAAUUAUGUUAUGGUUUCAACUGUUACAAAAGAUAAGACACCAGAAUUAACAUCAAUAGACAGUAUAAUACAAAUGCUAAAUGAAAGUACUCCAAGUAUGAAAGAAGAGAUAACUCCAUCUUCUAUGGAUGUUAUGGAAACUAAAUCUUCACCAACUCCGUCUACAGUUUCCCCAGUUUCAUAUAGCAGUAGCUAUCCAAGUUAUUAUAUAUCUACUGGACAUUACGUUACACUAAAACCAUCUACAUUCUCUGGUAGUACAUCAUCAUACGGCACAUCAUCUUAUAGUACUAAUGAUUCUACUAAAAAACCUCUUACGACAAUUAAACCAUAUUAUAGUAGUAUUUAUACUACUUCUAAUAGUAUACCUUACGAUCAAAGACCAAUCAAACCCUCUUAUUCAUCUCCCAAACCUAGUCAAUCUACUAGUCAAGAUAUUGAAGCUUUCAAUAGAUACCCUACAAAUCCAGAUAAUUUUGGAGAUUCAAUUACUACAUUCAGCUAUGUGAGCUCAACAACAACUACAAAACCAAGUACGACCACAAAGCGACCGCCAUCUACAAGUUACGUAACCGGAGGACCUGGACCAUUAAGGCGACCUAUAUCUCCACCACCAUCUUCAAGCUAUCCAUCAACAUAUGAUCCUGAUACUUUUUCAAGUGUAACUCCAACAGUUAUUGUACUUAAUGGCCUCAGUAAACCAGAAACGUCUUCAGAAGAAACACAAUUUGUUGAAAUAUCUCAAGAACCUUUCAAAAAACCUAUAAAUCAAAUAACUGUGAAUAAUCACAUUGAAUCAACAAAUAAUAUUUUUGUGGGAAAACCGCCGAAUAAGUUUGAAAAACCCAAACCAAAACCAUCAACCCAGCCACCAAAGGAACGGCCUUCCUCACCUACAGUUGUUAUUACUCCAAAGCCAUCACCCACUACACCUUACCCUGUUAAAAUUUCAUCUGCCAGACCAGUGUUCUCUUCAACUUCAACAUUGACUACCUCUAAUUUAGAUGUUACAGAUGUUCCUUCAGAAAUACAAACUUCAUCAGAUGAUUUAAUUAAUUUCCCACCUGUAAGAAAUCCAAUGCUUAAUGCUACUGGCUCCAAUCCAAGUGUUUUUAAUACAAGCGUAGUUACAUUAUCUGAGAAUGAGUUAGAUAUCUAUCAUGAUGUAGAAUUUUCAACACCUUCAUGGCAAGAAGAUGAUAAACUCAACGAUAAAAUGAACUUAUUCGUUAGCAAAAUAGUUGGAAGUCUUCAAGGAACAUUCCAAGAAUUACAUGAUAUAGUUAUUCUAGACAAAAAACCAAAUGCAACUAUUAUUAGAGACAAACCAACUACUGCUAAGCCCCCGAAAAAGACUGUACCAACUAGGAAACCGACAACAAAAAAGCCCCUUAGAGCUACUACGACUACAAAAAAACCUUCGAAAACAACUAAAAGACCUGUUAAACUGACAACAUCUGCCAGAAGACCAACAACAACCACUCCUCCACCAACAACGAUUACAACAACAACAGCAUCAACAACAACUAAAAAACCGGUGACUACUACUAAGAAAACAAAACCCACGAAGAAAGUAACGACAACAACUGCAACAUCAACGGUUACAGAACAAAGCGAAGAAGUAACUACAGAAGGAUAUACAGAAAUAAAUUACAAUGAUAAAAAUUUGUGCGGAGUCCGUCCUCUAAUGAAAUCUGGACGUAUAGUAGGAGGUAAAAAUUCCAGACAUGGUGAAUGGCCGUGGCAAGUACUUGUCAGAGAAUCUACGUGGCUUGGCCUCUUGACUAAGAAUAAAUGUGGUGGAGUUCUGAUCACUAGUAGAUUUGUUACGACAGCAGCUCACUGUCAGCCUGGAUUCCUUGCAUCUUUGGUAGCAGUUUUCGGAGAAACCGAUAUAUCUAGUGACAUUGAACCGCGAAGACCAGUCUCUAGAAAUGUACGUCGAGUUAUUGUUCAUAGACAAUAUGAUGCUGCCACAUUUGAGAAUGAUCUCGCUUUAUUAGAAUUAGAUUCUCCAGUACAAUUUGAUGCUCAUAUUGUGCCAAUUUGUAUGCCGCCUGACGAAGCAGACUUCACUGGGCGAGUGGCGACAGUGACAGGUUGGGGUCGUCUCUCCUAUGAAGGAAAAGUACCUUCUGUGCUUCAAGAAGUUCAGGUUCCUGUUAUCGAGAAUAGCGUCUGUCAAGAAAUGUUCCACACUGCAGGUCAUGCAAAGAAAAUCCUCAACUCCUUUGUUUGUGCUGGUUAUGCUAACGGACAGAAGGACUCCUGUGAGGGUGAUAGCGGUGGUCCUUUAGUUUUACAAAGAGAUGAUGGCAAAUGGCAGCUUGUAGGUACAGUGUCACAUGGUAUUAGAUGUGCUGCGCCAUACCUGCCCGGCGUGUACAUGAGAGCAACAUAUUAUAAACCCUGGUUAAAAUCUAUUACAGGGGUGCAU